AUGGGUUUUGUGACAGCUAUCUUUGCUGGUGCUACACCAACUUUACAAAGCGGAAUCCUGUUCCGAACAUUAGCCUUAGAUCCAACACCUCCAAAGUCAGGAAUCACGAAAUACUCAAUACUACUUGAGGAUGGAAAGACAUGGCUGUUAUAUGCCUAUUCACCUUCUGGACAAAAUCUUGCACUUACAGUUGUGAACAAUGGACUAGUUCAGGCUACUAGCGGCUUCAACGGAAUUAUCCAGAUUGCAAAGAGUGAGAGUUCUGCGCAUGAAGCUAUGUUCGAUGAAGCAUGUGGUGCUUAUCCAAUUUCUGCAAGCCUCUCGGGUCAUGUAAACGGUGCUGUUGGUUCCUACACCAUUGCUUUCAACAAGGGUGGAUUGAGUAGUACAACCUUGGCAAUGUUUGCUUUGCCACAUCAUUUGGAAUCUUUUGACAAUAACACUAUUUGCGGUGUGAUCAACGGAGUACAGCUAGCCACAACAACUAAGGGUAUGGCGACAGCUAUCGUGGCUGACUCCUGGACAUUGGAGGAGGACUUACCGCUUAGUUUGAAUUUUGCGCCCUGGAGUCCGGCAAGAGGAAGUUCGAAUUCAAUUUCAGCAGCUGCUAUUUCUACCAUCGCAGGUAUUGCUGCUAGCGAGAUAUCGCAAAAUAUGACGGCGCAAACGGACUUGAAUUCUAUGUAUUAUAGUGGAAAGGCGCUUGCCAAAUUUGCUGGGAUUGUAUAUACACUUCAUGAUUUCGUUGGAAAUACAGCUUUGGCACAGGCAGGUCUUAAUACCCUGAAGCAAAACUUCGCGUUAUUUGUCAAUAAUAAGCAACAAUUUCCCCUCGUAUACGAAACCGCGUGGGGAGGUAUUGUCUCUACCGCAUCAUACGUAACCGGAGAUUCAGGUGUUGAUUUCGGAAACACAUACUACAAUGACCACCAUUUCCACUACUCUUACUUUGUCUAUGCAGCUGCCAUUAUUGGAUACCUUGACCCGAGCUGGCUAGCAGGUAACAAAGCUUAUAUAAAUGCAAUGGUUCGAGAUUACGCCAAUCCUUCAACUGCGGAUAAUUACUUCCCCGUUUCCCGCAAUUUCGAUUGGUACCACGGACACUCUUGGGCUCAUGGGCUUUACGAAACUUUCGAUGGAAAGGACGAGGAAUCCUCAUCUGAGGACUCUUUGUCAGCAUAUGCCAUUAAAAUGUGGGGACGCACAAUAGGAGACUCAAACAUGGAAGCAAGAGGAAAUCUACAACUAGCAAUUACGGCCCGAUCGUUGCAAAACUACUUCCUAUACGAAUCCUCAAACACAGUCCAACCAGCCAAUUUCAUCAACAACAAAGUAUCAGGAAUUCUUUUCGAGAAUAAAAUCGACCAUACCACAUAUUUUGGAGGCGCCCCAGAGCUUGUCCAAGGAAUUCAUAUGCUUCCUCUGCUUCCACAUUCGACACUUACUAGGACAGAAGAAUUCGUUACGGAGGAAUGGAAUACGUAUUUUUCGAAUGGAAGAGCUGAUCAGGUUGUUGGUGGUUGGAGGGGUGUUUUGUAUGCUAAUUUGGCCAUUAUCAAUCCUCGCACUUCUUGGAAUUUCUUUGCUCAGGCAGGUUUUGAUGCAAGUUGGUUGGAUGGAGGAGCAAGUCGUACGUGGUAUUUGGCUAUGGCUGCUGGACUAGGAGGCUCGCCAUAA